AUGCUCCGACACUCUCUGGCACGUUCGGCUUGGCGGACGGGCAGGCGGGCCGCCAACCCUACGCGGGCCUUUGCGACAACACCGCAGCGCCACGCCGAGGUCGAACUGACAGUUGACGGGAAAAAGGUCUCGAUUGAAGCUGGCUCUGCCCUGAUCCAAGCUUGCGAGAAAGCUGGCGUUACCAUUCCUAGAUUCUGCUACCAUGAGAAACUUAUGAUUGCUGGGAAUUGCCGCAUGUGCCUGGUCGAGGUGGAAAGGGCCCCGAAGCCCGUAGCCUCCUGUGCCUGGCCAGUGCAGCCCGGCAUGGUGGUCAAGACAAACUCGCCCCUCACCCACAAGGCUCGCGAGGGCGUCAUGGAGUUCCUCCUUGCCAACCAUCCCCUCGACUGCCCCAUCUGCGACCAAGGUGGUGAGUGCGACUUGCAAGACCAGUCGAUGCGCUACGGCGCCGAUCGAGGCCGAUUCCACGAGACGGGAGGUAAACGAGCCGUCGAGGACAAGAACAUUGGGCCCUUGAUCAAGACGUCCAUGAACCGAUGCAUUCACUGCACCCGAUGUGUGCGUUUUGCCAACGAUAUCGCUGGCGCCCCCGAGCUCGGCUCGACUGGCCGAGGCAACGACCUGCAGAUCGGCACCUAUCUCGAAAAGAACCUCGACUCCGAACUUUCUGGAAACGUCAUCGACCUUUGUCCCGUCGGCGCCCUGACAUCCAAGCCGUACGCUUUCAGGGCCCGUCCUUGGGAGCUGAAGCACACCGAGUCGGUCGACGUGCUCGACGGCUUGGGCUCCAGCAUCCGCGUCGACUCGAGAGGCCUCGAGGUCAUGCGCGUUCUCCCCCGCCUCAACGACGAUGUCAACGAGGAAUGGAUCAACGACAAGACCAGAUUCGCCUGCGACGGUCUUAAGACGCAGCGCCUGACGAUGCCCCUGAUCCGACGAGAGGGCAAGUUCGAGCCCGCAGAUUGGGAGGAGGCACUUCACGAGGUGGCCAGAGCUUGGGAACAGAAGAAGCCCCAGGGCAAUGAGUUUAAGAUUAUCGCUGGUGCCCUGACCGAGGUCGAGUCUCUUGUUGUUGCCAAGGACAUGGCCAACAAACUGGGAUCCGACAACCUCACCCUGGACACUCCCAGUGGAAGCCGGCCCCUUGCCCACGGCAUCGACGUGCGAUCAAACUACCUGUUCAACUCGAGGAUCUGGGGCAUUGAGGAAACUGACUGCAUUUUGAUCGUCGGAAGCAACCCUCGGCAUGAGGCCGCCGUCCUCAACGCCCGCAUUCGGAAACAGUGGCUCCGCUCCGACCUCGAGAUUGGCGUCGUCGGCGAGACUUGGGACUCAACCUUUGAGUUUGAGCAUUUCGGAACCGACCACGCCUCCCUGAAAAAGGCCCUGGCCGGUCCAUUUGGCAAGAAGCUCCAGGCCGCGAAGAGACCCAUGAUUAUCGUGGGCUCCGGCGUGACGGACCACGCCGAUGCCAAGGCGUUCUACGAGACGGUCGGUGGUUUCGUGGAUAAGAACUCGGCCAACUUUAUGACAGAGGAAUGGGAUGGCUACAAUGUCCUGCAGAGGGAGGCUUCGAGGGCCGGUGCCUUCGAGGUCGGCUUCGUCACCCCGUCGGCGGCGGUUGCCGAGACCAAGCCCAAGUUUGUGUGGCUGCUGGGUGCCGACGAGUUCAGCGAGGCGGACAUUCCCAAGGACGCCUUUGUCGUCUAUCAGGGGCACCAUGGUGACCGCGGUGCGCAGAUUGCUGACAUUGUGCUGCCAGGCGCCGCCUACACGGAGAAGGCGGGCACCUACAUCAAUACCGAGGGGCGGGUGCAGAUGACGCGUGCAGCCACGUCGCUACCCGGCGCUGCGCGAACCGACUGGAAGAUCCUCCGCGCGGCCGGCGAGUUCCUGGACGCGCCCCUGCCCUACGACGACGUGUCCGCCGUCCGGGAUCGCAUGGCGGAAAUCAGCCCGGCCCUGGCGGCCUACGACGUGGUUGAGCCCGUCUCUCUGCGGCAACUGAGCAAGGUGCAACUGGUGGACCACAACAAGGGAGCCAAGGCGGGCGGCUCGCCUCUGAAGAGGGUCAUUGACAACUUUUAUUUCACAGACGUCAUCUCUAGAAGCUCACCAACAAUGGCCCGGUGUUCGGCGGCCAAGGCCACCGGAGACCCGAGGACUAACUUGAUGGCGCCGGGCAUGGAGGAAGAUAAGCCCAUGGGCCAGGUCGCGUACGGGGUAUGA